GGCGGGGCUUGCGUUCAUUGUGGCCCAGGCGCAUCUGCAUGGCGGCUGCUGUUGGACAGAAAACCCAGCCUAGCGUUUCAUCGCAAGAGUUUUCACAGCGGUUCUUUCAUGCAUUUGCUUCUGGCCUAUCAUGUCUGGAUGGAGUAAAUAGCCUUCUCCGGUCUCUCUGAAGUUGUAGCUCCUCCCAACGCUCGUGAGACGCUAACAUGGAGCAGGUGGAGCAGCUCAGGUCCGAGAGCCCUCAGCUGGAGUCGGUAAGGUCAGACGUCUCCGAAGGACAGGAUGAAGGAAGCAGCGGCACCAGCACUCGAAGGAAGAGGAGAAAGCGAGAACACCGGCCGGAGUCCAUCAUCGUCUACCGCUCGGAUCCAGAGAGAGCCGCUGGCGAAGACCACGGAGGAGACGGUGAGGGCGGGGAGAGGAACUCUGAAGAGGGAGCUACGUUUCUGAACGACCCCAGCGGUGAAGGUUGGGCCGUGCCUCCAGACAGCCGCUACGUGACGCUCACCGGCACCAUCACGCGCGGCAAGAAGAAAGGUCAGAUGGUGGACAUCCACGUCACGCUCACAGAGAGAGAGCUGCAGGAGAUGGCCCGGUCGAAGGAGCGUCUGGAUGCCGAAUGCGACGCCCGCGAGGGCUCGAGUCGCUCGUGCGGUUUCGGGCUUUCUCAAGGUCCCCACGUCAUCCUCUGGAGCCUCUCCUGCGCCCCCGUCGUCUUCGUCCUGUCCUUCAUCACCUCGUUUUACUACGGCACUCUCACGUGGUACAACAUAUUCCUGGUGUACAACGAGGAGCGGACGUUCUGCCACAAAAUCACGGUCUGCCCGUUCCUCAUCGUCUUCUACCCCGCGCUCAUCGUGGCUCUGUCGCUGUCGCUGGGCUUGUACUCGGCCGUGGCGCAGGUGUCCUGGGCCUUCGGCGAGUGGUGGCUUUCGGUCCGGGAUCUGGAGAAGGGCUUCUGCGGGUGGGCUUGCGGGAAGCUGGGAUUGGAAGACUGCUCUCCGUACAGCGUGGUCGAGCUGCUGGACUCGGACACCAUUUCCGGGAGUCUGCAGGGGAAGUCGCUGCAAACGUCCUCGGUGUGAACGGAAAUCACCCCAGACUCUCUCUCUCUCUGAGGGUGACGCUCCAUCUUUAAAAACCCCCUGGGACUGGCUCAGAAGCUUCAAAAUUCCCCUGAAAUGGGUAAAAAAAAAGCUGUUUACUCCCAAAACUUUUCCCUCGCUCGACCGACGUGUCGUUAGUAACACAAUUAUUAGUAAAACAAUUAUUGAUCAUUUCGCUUUUUUUCUGCGGUCAUAAACAUUGCAUCAGCUGUUUUAAACGGUUCGAUCACGUUGCAAAAAAACGUACGCAACAUUAAUAGAACCACCGAGAUAAAAAACAAACAAAAUUCGUCCAUCGGCGCGCUCCAAAAUGGUAAUUUUUUUGGUAAAAUGUUUCAAACUACAAUUGUAAGUCAAUGCUGCGAGUGUCGUUAUUAAGCAAUUUUUGUUUCGCGUUUGAAUUUUUAAUUUAGUACAAUAUUUUGCCAUUGCCUGAAUUAUUUUUACUAGCGACUGCCAUGGAUUCGUAUUGCAUAAAAAAAAGUUUGCUGUUAAGACGUUUGCUCGCUAUGACCACGCGCAACAAAAAUGCAUAUUUUAAUACUAGAGACACAAAAGAUAGCAUGCACCAAAAAUCUUUGUCAUGCAUUUGUUAACGUACUUUACUAGCCCUUCUUUUUGGAGCUGUCAUCUUCUCACGGUGCUAACAGGAAGUAAACUUCCAGUGGCCCUCCAGGAAUCCAUAAUAACGCUUAUCCCAGAGAAAAAAAAGUCUUCUCUCACAUCAAAAUCCAGCCAGAUAUGUGUUUAGAGCUGUUUUUUAUCCCUUGUAAACGGCGCUUGAUCUGUGCAGAUUGCUCUCUCGGUUCAUCAUCAUGGACUUGUGUUUUAUCCAGAAAUUAAUUUCUAUUAACAUGCAGCUUUCUUUACAAGCAAGUACUUUUCUUCUUUCUUUCUUCGAAGACACAAACUCCGUCUUAUCUCGGACGGCCUGAGGGUCGACACGUUUUCAGCUCAUUUGUAAUUUUUUUUUGGGUCAGCCGUUCUUUUAACGACGAAAAGAAUAACUCAGGACGCGCCGCUUAACUUGCGAUCCGAACAGAAUCGUAAAAAAGUCAAUUUAAUGUCAAGGAACUUUUACAAAAUAACAAUUUUCUCUGCUGUUGGGGCUUUUUAGGCGGAGAAUAGUGUUGUGUAUCUGAAAACGGGCCGAACAUAUAGCUGUAACUGGCCUCAAUGGAGUACGAGAAUGACGUUAUGCAUUUCAUAGCAAAUGUGCAUUAUAGAAAUGCAUCAUAUUUUGGGAGAAAGUGCGAUGUUCUCGAGCCUAACAGGACAAACUUUUAUUUUGUUCUGUACUCGUUUGCCAAGAACGUUUUAUUUUUAACCGUGUCUGUUUUCAUAUUGUAAGGCUUUUUUUUUUUUAAGUACUUUUAAAAUAUUCCUCCUUUGCUUUUGUUUAUCGGCACUUGGCAUUUAUUAAUUUUAGCUUUAACUCUUAAUUUGUUUCACUUAUUAAGUAGAAAUCGCUCGCCGACAAAUUUGUUGUGUUUUUUUUUUAAACAAAUAUUUUUGGUUUAAAUUUGUGCAUUUCAACUAUUUAUUCUUUGCUCUUUCGUUGUAUUUAUUUUAGAGGUUUGCAUGUUUUAUUUUUUGUUGCAAAUACAUCUAUUUUUUUGUUCACCCUCAUAAGAAAAGAGCAUAACCCCUGGUAAAAAUUAAGCCAUAUAUAAAUAUAUGCAAAUGAACUGCGAGGUUCUUUGUGAGAAGCCUUGCAUUUUCUGUGAGUGGUUUUAUUUAUGACGAGCCCGAGAGAAUUUAAUAAACGGAUACAAAAGGGGCAAGUGAUAUGCAGAAUGUUGUGAGUGUGUGUAUAUGGGUGCUGACAAUUAUUACGAAUAUUAUAUACAUAACCAGUAAAAAGGCGGUGUCUUGGACAGAACGUUUUAAAUCACUGUAUAUCAAAUGCAUUAUGAUAAAGUUGUUUCUUGUUAAUUUAAUUAAUCAGUGGUUUACAUUUUUCUUUGUUUCUCCUUGAUUUAAUCGUUUGAACUCACAGUUUGCAUUUAUAUUGUGCGGUGAUGCUCAAAACAUAAUAAAAGUCCUGUAUUUCCAUGUCUGGUGUGCGUGUCUGUUGACAAAACUCUCAUUUGCAGAAUUUAUAAUUUCACAAAAAGCCACGAUAGAAAUG